AUGGGGCGUCUGGGCGACGGUAUCGACGAAGAUGCGGACGCGGUUGGGGCGGUAUUCCAAGGUCACAGGCGAGCCGGUGGGCAGCACGACGAUGUCGGCAUCGGGCUUGUCUUGAGGAUCACCUUCUUGGCUUCCUCCACGCUGAGCCCGACCACCUCUGGCCACGACGUCUUGGGGCCGCCGCACUCCGGUGCCGCCGUCGCCGUGGAGCUCAUCGGUUGUCGGUCGCGAAUUGAAACUGCAAAUCAACUGAUGACGAUAAUUUAA